AUGACUUUUUAUUUUUACAGAUUGAUGGAAUUAAAAGGGUUCGACAAAAACAGAGCUGCCUGGACUGAGAGACCAGGAUUGUGCAGUUUUGAGAAUUCUGAUGCUGAAUUUGACCGUGAUUCGGAUUAUUUAUCUUGGGAUGAAGACUUCUGAGACGAAGUUGAAGAAAUUCUUUAUGAUUAUUUAUCAGACGAAGAAGAUGAUCUUGGAGAUCAGAGUGAAGGUGAUAAGCAAGAACUUAUGGAAAUGGUGCUAAGAUUGGGCUCAGAAAUGGACGGAUUUGUGCUUGAUGAAGGAGAAUUGAUCCAGGUGGUGAACAAAUGCAAGGAGCUUCCGGUGCCACUAAUUUCUGGUCUAGCGGAAGUUCUGCCAAAAGCAACCAAAACAGAGCUAAAGACUAGGAGAGAAGCCAAAAGUGUUAGUGAAGCUAAAGAAGCCAAAGAAAAAGUCAUGACAAGAGUGGAACGAGUGCUGAGGCAGCGAAAUUUGAGACAAAAGUUGAAGCAAACGUUGAGGGCAACCACUGAGGCGCAAGCUGAGGCAAAAAGUGAGGCAAAAGUUGAGGCAAAAGUUGAGGCAAAAGUUGAGGCAAAAGUUGAGGCAAAAGUCAGGGCAAAAAUCGAGGCAAAAAUUGAGACAAAAAACCACGGCAAAAGACGAGGAGGAAGCUAA